GUCAUAAAUCUACAUCAUUAUUCAAACGUGCUUUUUCGUGCAGCAUGUCGGCCUUAAUUGUAUUGUUCACCGUCUUGGGAUGCACCUUCCAGGCAGUUUAUGGUCGGCAUGCGUAUCCGACGCAGGACUUGGCGAAGUCUGCAGUCGUUGAGCCAAUGCUGGAGGUCAUGAAAGUCGCCAGCGCCUGCGAAGACCUUAACAACGAACUUGUGGUCAUGCACGAAGUGCUCGUCGACGCCGGCGUAUUGAUGGGAAAACUUUGCCAGAACGUCUCUUCGGCGUGGGUCAACUCGUGGGAGGUAUGUCCUCAGCCCAAUGUCUUCAAAGCGAUCCCUUGCUUCCUCCAGGUGUACGGAGAAUAUAAGAACGCUCUGCUCUACUACAGGACCGAUAUCAACCAAAUGAACAACAGAUUGUACGAAGAAACGAUGAAAUUUUACACCAUCCUCUGGAAAUGCGCCAAUUCUUUCCAUGUUAACUAACAGUAAGUUCUAAGAAUUUGCCCACCGGUAAUGGUUAAAUAUGGAUCCACAACAUUGCUCAAAAUAUUUUAGUUUUUUUCGACUUUCUAAUAAUUUAUAAAAACGGUUAAAUAAACAAAUGUGUAAAUAAU